AUGGCUAACGGGUGGAGUCUUCUGAUCGGCCUCCUCUUCAUCUUGGCCUUCUGCGCCGUGUCCUGGUUCGCCAGCCCCAAGGGCGAGACGCAAACUGUCUGGCGCUCAACCCUCAUCCUAUCGGCCUGGAGCUGUUACCUCAUGUGGGCUAUUACGUUCCUCGCCCAAUGGCACCCUCUGAUCAGCCCUCAGCGAGGUGAUCUCAGACCCGAGUAUGUCCACAGGGACUAG